AAACGAUGAUGCGAAACUGAACGAUCAAAAACAAGUUUGUUUACAAAGGUUUACAACGUCUGUACGACAAAUCGUUACUCGUUCAUUUUGUUCCUGAUCUACCGGCAUUUAACAUUGUGGCUUUAGGUUGAAUUCAGCUUCAAUUUCUUAUCAAAAGAUGAUGACGAAACUGAUGGAGUGGCUAAUGGGUAUCGUCGCCUACGCUGUGAUCUAUUUUGCAAUCGCAGCGCGUAAGAUGCAGCAUGAUGUAUUCGAUGACUAUCGGCAGGAAAUUAUGCUCUCACCUCUAAUUUUGUUAAUGUUUUUCGGGGUAUACUCGGUAGUAGUUGUGCUUUAUCGAACGUUUACCUUCAACGACUGCGAUGAAGCCGCCAAAGAACUGUUCGAGGAGAUAAAGGAAGCUAAAAUGGAUUUGAGAAGUAAGGGAAUGGUGCUCGCUGAUUAAUACUUAUUAUAUGCUAUUUUAAACUAUCAUACUGUAAAUUGAUAACGACGAGACUAAAAUUGAAGUUCGAGAAUGGAAUUCGUUUGAAAAUUGAUUGUCUGUUUUGCAAAGUGCCGAAGAAUACUUUGCCGUAAGGAACAAAAUCUUGCAGGUAGUUUUUGCGAUGACUAAUUUCGAUGUCUGUUCUGUUAUAAUCUAUGUCUAAGGCCAUGUAAGUUAGUUAAGGAAGAGAUAAAUAACAAGGAAAAGAAAACAAAGUAAAUAAAAAUAAAGUAAAAAUCCCA